AUGGCUGUUAAAAAAAGAAUGCUUUGCCUCUUCUGCAGGGCUGGGGCCUGGGGGCUGCCGUCCGUGGACCUGGACAGCCUGACCGUGCUGACCUAUGCCAGAUUCACUGGCGCUCCACUCAAGUUGCACAAGAUUACCAACCCCAGGCGGAGCCCUUCAGGCACCCUGCCCGCCCUUCGCACCAGUCACAGAGAGAUCAUCACAACACCACACAAAAUCAUCACCCACCUUCAGGAAAAGCUGUUUCCGGUGCUGAUACAUACGUUUUGGGUAGACGCCAAGAACUAUGUGGAAGUGACCCGGAAGUGGUACGCAGAGGCUAUGCCAUGCAACUUCUUCCUGCCUGGCCGCAUGCAACGGCAGCGCAUGGAACAUCUGCAGCUACAGUGUGGGGAACCCCGGCCAGAGAACGAGGAAGAGCUGGAGAAGGAGCUGUACCAAGAAGCUCGGGAGUGCCUGGCCCUUCUCUCGCAGCGCCUGGCAUCUCAGAAAUUCUUCCUCGGAGAUGCCCCCGCCUCCCUGGACGCCUUUGUCUUUAGCGGCUUGGCUCUGCUGCUACAGACCAAGCCGCCCAGCGGGAAGCUGCAGGCCCACCUCCGGGGGCUGCACAACCUCGGUGCUUACUGCAGCCACACCCUCAGCCUCUACUUCCCCUGGGGAGGAGCUGAGGCGCCACCCCACGUCCAACACCCCGGGCCCAGACACCGGCGCCGGAGCCAGGUCCUGUCCGUGCUCGCAGGCCUGGCAGCCAUGGUGGGCUAUGCCCUGCUCAGCGGCAUUGUCUCCAUUCAGCGGGCAGCGCCAGCUCGGUCCCCCGGGGCCCCAGCCCUGAGCAUGGCUGAGGAGGAUGAAGAGGAAUGAGUCUUCCUCACCCCCCAGGACUGAGUUUUCUACUGUCACGCAUUCCAGAAGUGGUACGCCCCCACCCCCCUGUUGUCAGCACAGCCAG